AAGAGGUUUGGCCUUAUCAUGACAUCCACUUCCGUUCACGUGAUGGUGGUAGGUGACGCCGCGGUCGGCAAAACAACACUGUUACAUUGUUACGCCAGUAAGGGCUUCACCAAUCCCUACAUAGUUCCGGUUUUUGAUGAAUAUCCAAUAGAAGUGCAUUCGAAGGAGGCCGGCGAGAAGCUGAUCAACCUCUAUCUCACCGAUGCCCGCGCACUUGACCGUCAUCAGACACUGCGUUUGCACUCCUACCGCCGACGGGACAUCUUCCUGAUCUGUUUCUCCAUAGCCGACAAGAAGAGCCUACGGAGCGCAAAAAACGUCUGGUUUAAAGAGAUUAAGCAACACAUGCCGGGAACGCCGGUCAUCCUAGUGGGCACAAAAAGUGACCUCCGAAAAGCAACCGGUGGUGGCCAAACUCAGCUGCGCCUGGUGCCUACCAGGAAGGCUAAGGAAAAGGCCAAGUUCAUGGGGGCAGAAGCCUACAUUGAGUGUUCUGGUUGGUUACUCUUCCGAUUUGAUGAUUGCUUUUUUUUAAAAUCUCGCCUAGCAUACACUCAGUCCAAUGUAGAAAGCCUCUUUCAGCUGGCGGUCGAUGUUGUCCUGGCAAAGAAGGAAGCCGAGAAGGCGGCCGAGGAGAAGGCGUCCGAGGAGAAGCCGAAAAGGAAAUGGAGCUGUGUUUAG